AAAUUUUCUUUCCGAUAAGUGAACAAAUUCACUCUUUAUCAUCGUAGUUCUGUCACUUAAAGUCUCCACGACGAACAUUUUUCUCAUAAUGCCCAACAAACUUACGGCGAAAAAAGAAGUAUGAUAUGUGGAACACAGCCGUACGUGGCUACGUGGUGCCCCGUGUGUGAUAAACGAGUAAGCGAUAAAGGGAGGGACACGUAUGGGUUGCUCGCCCAUAUUCGUGAAUUUCAUCCGAAACAUUCCAACCAAUUCUUCACUCAGGAGAAAGAGUCCAGGACAGUGUCAAAACAGACAACAUCAAAGGGUUCUCUGAGGACUGGUUGCACCAACCGGAAAAGCGAACCAAGGAAAGUCUAUGCAACUCGUGUAGACACGUGGAAAUCGCACAACGAGAAAAAGCUUUGUCCAAGAUGUAAAAAGGAAGCUGUACCUACGCUUCACGCUCGAGGAGACAAAUUAACAACGUCACACAUUGGAGCUCUGUGUCUCUUAGGAUGCUGGCCUCUCUGCUUCGUGCCACUAAUGAUGAAACGCGCGAAGAAGGUUCGAAUGAUCUGCCCCCUGUGUGGAUACAUGUACGGCAGUUAUCAGUAUAAAAAUACUGGAUUAGCACCGUGCAACACAGAUUCAGAAGAUUCCCAAGCACGACUCUCAUCUCCACCAAGAAGUUUUCGAUUGAAAGUUACAAAAGAGUAGAGUUUGUUCAUUGAAACACUAAUUGAAAUACAAUUAAGAAAUUCCAAUUGCAAAAAUUAAUAAAGUAUUGUAUGUACGUCU